AUGUAUACUAAACAUCUGACUAGGUCUAUUGAUGCUGUUGCUACUAAGAAUAUGGAGAAAGAGUCAGGUGAAAAAUCUAUGAAGUCUGAUAAAAAGGAGAAAGGUGUUCGCAAGACUGCUAAUAGAAAGGUUGAUACUGAUGAGGAACCUGGUUCCUCAAAGAAGGCCAAAGCUGAUAAUCCGAGAAGUGCUAGGAAAGAAAGAUUGAGAACUCAAAAGGUGCUAUGGGGGCACACAUUUGCCUCUGAUGUCUUGGAGGAGGCUGGCAUGAGACAGUUAGUUGAGAUCUAUGAUUUCCAACAAUGGACACACUUGUUCACAAGCAACGCUUCUAGGGUAUAUGAGGAGGAAGUUCAAAGCUUUUAUGCCGACUUGUACACGGUUGAGGAUGGUCAUAUUUGUGCAUUGGUGAAUGGGGUUGAUAUGGUAAUAGACUCUGCCUUGCUGGGAUCUAUUCUUGGUGUGCCCACUAAAGGGCUGUUUAGUAUUCAGGGAGCUUGUACUCAGAACUUCAGAAAUGCAAUCUUGAAGGAUAGAGCAUUUCAGGAGGGGGAACGAGUGCAGAAGAAGGCCCUCCUUCCUGUUUACCAACUGCUAUUUGAGAUGGUAAACAAAGUGUUGCUGCCUCGAGCUGAACGCAGAUCCAUCACCUCUCGUUCAGACCUAUUCCUCAUGGAAGCACUGGACGACCUCACUACCAUCAAUCUGCCUGGGAUCAUGAUGGACCACAUGAAUAAAGUGGCAGGCUUUAAAGAUGGUGAUCAUGGGAUGCCAUAUGGGUUCCUUCUUACCAAGGUAUUUGAGCACUUCACGGUUCCUCUCGGACCAGUUAAAAUGGGUGCCAAGAAGCAAACUUUUUCGAAAAGCACUCUUGAAGAAUGUAAGUGUAUAGAAAAAUUUGGAGGGGUUGUAAGCACUUCUACCAUUUCUCAGUUAAUAAAUUCUCAAAACAAUGCUACUACUGAGAUACGACAAUUGAAAGCAAGGAAUGCUAUCCUUGAGACCCAGAUAAGUCAGCUGCAAGAGGCACCUGGUUCCACCUGCUCGCAAAGCGAAGAGGCUGCUCGCCUGACGAAAGAAAACGCUGAGCUCAGGAAACAAGUGGAGGACCUGAAAGAAAGACUGCUCAAUGAGAAAAUAUCAGCAAAUGCUCGCAUGGAUUUAGUCCUCCAAACAAUUUCCUUUACCUCCAAACCAUCUCCUCCUCGUGCUUCUUAA